CUCAUUGUCAGCGCCCGCACCCGCCGCCCGAGCCCCGGAGCCCCUCGCGGGCUGCGGCUGCCCAAGCCCGGGCUGGGAGGGAGCGAAGCCUGGCCGCUCCUGCUGCCCAGGGUGAGAUUGCCUCCACUCAAAGGAACAAUAACAUACUGGAAAUACACAAGGUGUAUACCAUUCAGCCAGACUAAGAAAAGCUUUGUUCUAAAAGGAAUAAAAUAAUCAUGGCAGAAUGUACAGGUUACAAGGAAACCUCAAAUCGGCACCUACGAUUCAAAUUGCAGAGCCUGAGUCGCCGCCUUGAUGAACUGGAGGAAGCAACUAAAAAUCUGCAGAAAGCAGAGGAUGAACUGCUUGACCUCCAGGACAAAGUUAUCCAGGCAGAAGGCAGCAACUCCAGCAUGCUGGCUGACAUUGAAGCCCUGAGGAAAAGAGUGCUGAAAAUUGAAGGCAAGGAUGAAGAAAUUAGGAAGGCUGAAGAGCUUUGCAGAUUAAUGAAAGAAAAGCUUGAAGAGGAGGAGAGCCUCACUCGAGAUCUGAAGUCAGAAAUUGAACUCCUUCAGAGGAGAAUGGCAGAGCUGGAGAAGCUGGAGGAGGCCUUCAGCAGGAGCAAGAAUGACUGUACACAGCUGUGUCUUAGCCUCAAUGAAGAAAAGAACUUGACCAAAAAGAUAUCCACAGAAUUAGAAAUACUUAGAGUGAAAGUGAAAGACCUGGAAUCAUCUGAAGACAGGCUGGAUAAAACUGAGCAGACCUUAACAGCUGAGCUAGAAAAGCUGAAAUCCUUAGCCCUGAGCUUUAUCACAGAAAGAAAACAUUUUAACGAAAGAGAAAAGCAAAAUGAAAAAAUAAUCCAGGAGCUAACACAGAAACUAGAACAAAACAAUAAACUAAAUAGGGCAGAUCAAACUAGAAAUGCAUCCAACUUGCUAGAAAGGUCAUCCAACAAUCUCCUGGACAGAAAUGAUAUGAGAAUUGAAGAUGACUUGACUUCUGCACUGCCUUCUAAAGAGACCAGGAGGAAGGGAAGUGUGGAUUACCUGAAACACGUAGAAAAUGAAACCAGGAAUAAAUCAGAAAACCAAAAGAAUAAAAACCAGGAAGACAACAAAGUGAAAGAUCUCACCCAAGAAAUUGAGAAACUUAAAAUUCAGAUCAAACAUUUUGAAUCUUUAGAAGAAGAACUUAAAAAAGUGAGAGCCAAAAAUAAUGAUCUGCAAGACAGUUACUUGAGUGAGCAGAAUAAAAACAAACUCUUAACAGGUCAGCUAGAAGAAAUAAAAAUGCAAAUAAAGAAACAGAAAGAUCUGGAGAAUGGAGAAGUUGAAAAUGAAGAUACAAGCUUUUCUAGCAGGGGAAAGCAUGACCGACCUAAAUACAGGGGUGUCAUGACUGAUUUGGCAGCUGCUAAGCACAAGCCAAGGGAGCUCUCCCCGCAGCAGCGCCGGGAGAGAGCACGGAACAGAGACUUCUGUCUCAGCAAUGACAGCUACAGCCACGGUGGGAAACGGGUGCCCAGUCCAAGCUUAAUGAGCAGAAAAGCAGGGAAAGCUUCUGGUGCAUCUGCCCUUUCAGACACUGCUGUCACAGAUACAAGAAGACUGGAAGAGAAAUCUUUAGUUUCCACUAUUUCUUCUGGUCAGAAGGAAGGCUGCAUCAUGCAGAAUGAGGGGAAGAGAUCCAAAGAGCAGCCAUCUGUGCUCAGCCGGUAUCCUCCUGCUGCACAGGAGCAGAAGUCUUGGAAAGCACCUUCCAAGCCUGUUGGUGAUACAGGCCUGAGAUCCAAGGUGGAAAAGCCAUCUCAGGUGCUCCGUGGGAACUGCCAAAAUGGUGCUGACACACGGGAUGAAAGGUCAAGCAAAGGAGAAUCAACGGGUUCUGUGUCUGAGAAGCUGAAGACAAGUCAGGGUGAUGUCAGUGAGUGCUUGGGGGAUACACAGCUCACAAGGGGCAGCCACAGCUCUUCCAAUGGCACAGCCUCAGCAUACAGGUACCACGUGUCCUCCAGCGUGUCAGUCUCAGACUCUGCUGGCUCUAAAGUGGAAGCAGUGAGCACUUUUGCAUCACACAGACAGCCCUCAGAGGGGAGGGCUAAAAGGGCAUUAAUCUCCCAGGAAAAAGAAGCUGCAGACACAUCACUGGAAAGUGUGAAGCUUUCGACGCUGACAAAGCGUUCCCACCACUCCAGGAGUCAGGAAGACAUUCUGCAGAUUCUCACAGGUCUUGAUAAAGAAGGCACCGAGCAGUCUUCAAGUUCAGCAACAGAUCAUGUAAAUAUGGGUUUAAAAACUGACUCCAAAACCAUCCAGAGUAACCAGGAAAAAUUUAAUUCAGAUGAAGAAUCAGGAAGAGGCAAAAAACCAACCACUCAGUCAGAUUUUGAGACAAGAAAGAAAGUCAGUUCCAAGCAGUUCUCCAAUUCUAGGGGAGUUUUUAGAGCAUCACUUUUUGAAAAUGACAAAAAAUCUGUGAAUGAUGAAGACUCUACCAAGUGCAUAAAACCAUCUGAUGCCAGCACUGGAGAACUGAAAUCCAGAAGAUCCUUCAGCCCUAGAGAAGCUCUGAGAUCAAAAGCCAUCAUUAAACCUGCAAUUGUUGAGAAGGAUAUGAAGGCAAUCAUGGGAGGGACUGUUUCAGAGGCAGAGUCAGAAAAACAGAAGUCUACUUUUAAAACGGUAACAAAUAAAAUGACAAGCAGCAUCACAAUCUUUCCUUCUGAGCCAACAGCUGCAAGGACCACUGCAGAUACAGCAGCAAAGGAAAGGCAUGUUACCACCAGCAACAUCAGAGUUGCUUCAAAUGAGCCUUCACCAUCAAUAACAAACAAUGCCCCUUCACCCUUUGAGGUGUCAGUUAAUAGAAGUGCUCUGAAGUCACCUGAGACAGACAGAGGUGGAGAGGCAGUGCUGAGAAGUAAAGCUGAAACAGUGGUCUCGAGAAGCAGCAUUAUGCUGAAGACUUCUGAACUGACAGAGAGGAACAGUGAGACACCUUUGGAGACAAUCAGCUGGAAGAGCCAUGGCUCGUCAGAUGCAGGUUCAUCCGAAACAAAGCACGUCACUGUCAGAAGUUCCUGGAGAACAAGACAAGGCCUACAUUCCCUGGAGGACUCUCAAACCAAAGUGGAGAAAAGUGCAACUUUCAGUGCCACAAACUUGUGUAGAUCCUCAGUGGACCUUUUAGAAGGGGAAGGGAGUAGUUCAAAAACAGACUUCCUGGAGCAGGCUUCCUCCAGGACAAGUGCCACAGCUAAUUCUUGGGGUGCCCCUGAGCUGGGGUCCCGAAGGACCAAAAGUAACUUAAGUGCAUCUGAGCUGCUGACACGCAGGAGCUAUGCAAGUGACCCUGCAGCAGCUGCUGCUUGGCAGCGCACCACGCCACCUGAUGAAAGCAAGGAUUUUGUGUCCAGUUCCAGGAGGAAGCAGUAUGGCUCUUCUGAGUACCUCCUCCAGGCUGACGCUCUGGGCAAAAGGACAGCCACCAAGGUGGAACUGCAGGACCCUGAAUCCACCUCCCCUGCACCACCAGGGCUCCAAGGAGAGGAGCAGGGCGCUGCCCGGGCUUGCCGGACAUCUCGGAGAUGAGCUGCAUUCCCUUCUUCUCAGUGGCCAUGGUGAAGCAAGAGGCAGGAUAGUACCAAGCUCACAGGCAUCACACCUGUUUGUAACCUCUCCAGAGGCUUCAACUAGCCUGAAACCAGUUUUGUUAUGCGAUUUGAAAGGUACAGGAGCUUUACCAGUGAAUUCUUUUUCUUCAUUGCUGAAGAGGCAGCUGCAGAGACUUUGCUCAGGGGACUCCCACUUCUCAUCUCUGUACCUGCAAUCUUAAUCUUCCCUGUAGGAUGAUAGGUCUGUCUCCAUAUGGAAACUCUGACUACCUAGCCUCUCUGAACAAUGGUACUCCUUGCACAAGAGAGAACUUUUGUUCACUUGAGUUCACACAAGAUCCCAGCAGUGUCCCUGUGGUUACAUCCACCAGCCCAUGAAGCUGUCCACCACAAUUGAAGGCUUUCAGUUCAUAUGGAGUUUGCAUUCUCCUAAUACACCCUUGCUGGCUGGGGUGGUGGUCACCUCAGUACCUGUGUUUCCAGCACCCUUAGUCUCUAGGCAAGAGGAGACUGUUCCCCACUGGUUACUUUACAAAUUGAGAGGGAAGGAGAGCAGAAAAUGUUGGAGUUGGUUCCCUAUCACUGUCACUCUCUGCAACAAGCUUUGCAUGAUCUAUUCAUCACCAGUUGAGAUCCUGCACCAAGAAGUCAUCCACUGAGCCAGACCACACAGCAGUGACACCUCCUCCUGCCUGGGACCAGGGUGCCGUUCAUCUGGAGCUUUGUGUUACACUCUGCAGGCAACAACUCUGGGGCUUGUGCAAGGCAGUUGAGCCCUAUGAGAAAAAGAAACAAGUGCUUUUCCUCACAGACAAGCAGAAUGUCAUUGUUCCUUCCCAAAACAGGGUGGAGACAGCUGGAUUGGACCCUAAGGUGACCUAUGGUAGCUUUGGUCUGUGCCUCAAGCCCUGUCUGCCAUGCCUGGGACCCAGGUAUGGUCAGAGACUGCUCAAACACAGAGCUGUGUGUCAUCCCCAUCAGUGCCUGCAGGCCACUUGCUGUCAGUUGGUGUCACUGUGGGGCAGACACGUCCCCACAGCUCCAGGAGGUGCUCAGGUCAUCAGCAGCAUCUGUCCUGAGCAAGGUGAUUGCACCUGGCUCUCACAGCAGGGCUGGACAAUCCUUCCUUCCCAUCCCAUCCCAUCCCCAGCUGCUGGGCUGGCCCCCCCAGUGCUGCCUGUCCCUCCCUGCAGCAGGACAAGGAGAAUGCUCCAGACAGAAAAGGUCCUUGAUCUGUUUCAGAGGUGCUGUGGGAAGAGCUGCACCCCACACUUGUGCCCACAUCCCACCUCUGCAGGAGCAGGUACCAGAGCCAUCUGAUUGCCUGUACUGCAGCUCCUCCCUGGCCUGGGAAGUACACACCUCAGUUCUGAGAAGAAAAUCAAUCAGAAAAAAAAAAAAAAAAGAAAGAAACCAAUAGAGCUAGUUGCAAAAUAUCUAUGAAAACAUUUCUAUAAAAGGGAUGUGCUCUAGUGACAUGAUUAUUUUUUUAUAAAGAUUGUUUGGAGGAAGGGAAAAAUUAUUUUUGAAAAAAAAAAGUUUCUUUUUGGAAUUUUAAAGAUGUUUUCCCAAGUGUAUAUUUUUAACCCUUCAUUUUAUUCUUUUACAUGUCAUGACGUGUGUCAACUUGCAUAACAAGACAAAAAAGAUGCUUUUAAAUUAGUACUGAGUGGCAGCUCUAAUUUUAAAUUAUAUUAAAAUAAAUUGUAUCAACUGCUCUCUCUUACCAUUGACAUAGUAGUGCUAUUAGAAUGAGAUAAUGAGAAAAAAACAUUAAACUCCAAACUAAAAAUGAAAGAAAGUGAAAUUCUGAAGCUAAAUUCAGACUUCUUACUGCCUCCCCCUGCCCUGUGUUUAUCAGGAAGGAUUGGCAAUCCUUAUGGAUUGUGCAGUCUGAAGCCAGUGGAUGUAAGAGUCCUGUGCAAUGGCUGUGUCCUUCCUGAGCACCCUGCUCUGCUCAGCACUCCCUGUGUGCCAGGUUCAGAACCAGAACCAGGGCAUUGCCUGGGCAGCAGCAGCUUCCCUUGCCCCGAGCCUGCCCAGCUCUGCCCUGCUCUGCUGCUGGCCCUGCCCCUUCUUCUCAUGUGCCCCUCCAGACUAACCCUGCUGCCUCGGCUGCCCACAGGCCUCACGCUGUACCUGCCUGCUCACCCUGGGAGCAGCUGGGAGGCAUCUUGGCAUGUCCCUGCCUCUUCAGAUGUCACAGGGAUUCCACCUGCACAUUCCUGAACCUGCUGGAGCAGCUCUCCAGCUGUCACCUGCAGCAGUCACAGUGGCUGUGGGAGAGCCACUGCUGGCACUGCUGUUCUGCCUCCAGGAUCCUGCGUGGUGUGGGGCUCCCCUGCCCUUGCUCGCUGCUGCCCAGGACGUGCAGCCUGAACAAACUGCGGGACAGCACGGACGCCCCGAGGAGGACGGGGAUCACCGGGCAGUGCCUGAACGCCUUCCCUCACAGCCCAGCCCCAUCCUGCUGCAGGACACGGCUCCACACACCACAGGAUGUCCCUACACAUCCACCAGCUUUCUCCUUCUCUCCUUGUUGGUGUGGAUGUGGCUUAGCACGGUGCUCCCAAGGAGCCUUCCAAGGGAAGUGGUUUCAGCUGUGGUGAGGAAAUCUCUGCCUCCCUGUGAGUCAGCGUGUGCGGUGAAUGCAGGUUCCUGUGCCUACCCACGGAACACUGGCUUACCUUCAACCCCAGCUCACCCGGAGAACUCAGCCCCGUGGCUGAAGUGCAAGGGAAGAACCACCAGCAGCAACAGCUGUUGAGUUUUCUCCUGUCAGUCAGCCAGGACCAGGCUUAGCCUGAGCAAUGGGAGGGCUUGACCCUGCUGCUCAGCUGGCUUAGCCCCAGCGAUUGCCCCAGCAACACAGCGCUGCUGGCACUGUCUUCAGGUGCUUCUCACAGAUGAUGUCUCUCCUUUCUCCAGCUGCCUCAGUUAUUUGUUCAAUAUUUUACAGCGGAUACCUUGAACUCCUGCUCUAGACUCGGUUUCACUGCUUGUAAAUACUGGACACAGAUGUCACUUGGUAACUGCACACUGGUUGUUUUUACCACAGCUGAGAUUAUAUCUGAGAAAACCCUACCUAGUAUGGAAAGGGGCCAUGCCCUCUAGUCAAUGAGUGCAAUAGGAGCUGAUUGUAUUAUUAAUCUUAUAGCAAUGACUUCAGGAAACACAAUGUGUUUACUCGAAUUGCACACUUUUUUUGAACAGCUGUAAAAUAGAGUAUAUGUGUAAAUAUUGCCACCACUGAAGAAGUAUUUGUAAUUUUAGCAUAUAAAUAUAACCGGCUUUUCAGUAGGCUUGAUGAUGCACAAGGCCAUGCAUCGAGCCCUCGGGUAAUUCCAAAGUUGUAAAUGUAUUUGCUGUACAGAGGAAGUGUGUCAGUGCUUGCUGCUCCCAAGGAACCUCAGUUGCUGGUCCCUUUUGGAGAGCCAGUGCUUUCCCCAGAAGGGCUGGCUCCAGUCUGAGGGCCCAGCAGCUCACUGCUUCAUGUCUGGAACACCUCUGCAGCCCGCAGAGCUGCCUGUCCAGCCCCUCCGAGGGUCUGGGUGACAGCCUGGCCACUGGAGCUGUGCAGUGCACCCCUGGGGACAGGCCCCCAGCAAGGGAAAAGGGCAGGAAGCACAGGGCAGAGCCACGUGCCUUGGUGCUUCAAGAGACACUUGACACAAGCAAUUUCCCAGCUACAGAUUGAAGCAAUAGUCACAUUGGUGUCAUCUCUAACGCAGUAGACCUCAUCUCUGCCACCCUUGCACACGGCUGAAGCAAUCAGGGCACUGCUCAGGCCAGCCCCCAGGCUGAGCUGUGAACAGAACACAAAGCCAUUGUUAGCAGAUGCCUCCCAUGGUCAGCACCCAGGGCCCAAAGGAUCCUCCUGGGCUGCCCCACGUGCAGUGCCGGCUCCUGCUUUGGGGAAGCAGCACUCCAGGCUGCAUGGAAUGUAUUUUUAAGAGAAUAAAUCUAUUUUUUUGUAUUUGUGAACAUAUAUUUGGGUGGGGCAGCUUAGUUAGAAGACAAAUAAUGCAAGAAGUCUUUUCAUAAUCACAGGUUCAUCCAAGUUAAGCAGAUUUUCCAGGGUUGCAGUAUUGCCUUUUCCCCUAAAAUAAACUUUGUGUCCAAUAGAGCAAUGAGCAGUGUUCCACCCUUAGAACUUGCCCUGUCUCAGCAUGCUGAGAAGAGGAAAGCCAGCACUUUCCUCCCCAGGCUGCCCAUGCAGUGGAUACAGAUGGUGCUCACCUCCCUCCAGCGACACAGUGCUCUUAGUCUGCAUGCCAAAUGUAAACACACACUUAUCUGCAUGUCUCUCCUGACUCAAACACUGUCAGUGCUACAGUAUAUAACCAAUAAACACUCUUCUCUUUUUA